UGAGCGCAGGCACCACGGGCGGGGCAGGUUAGGGCCUCUUUGGAGGCCCGGGGCGAUCCUGGGACACCAGGCCCCUGAGCGGAAAAUUGGGGCCUGUGCGGGCAGCCUGACGCCCCUGCCCGACCAGAUGCUGCAGACAGAUGAGGGCUUGGAGGAAGGGCAGGCUUGGGAGCGCUAAGCCCAGAGCAUGUUCCAGAUCCCAGAGUUUGAGCCAAGUGAGCAGGAAGACUCCAGCUCUGAAGAGAGGGGCCUGGGCCCCGGCCCCACGGGGGACCGGCUAGGCAGCAACACAGCAGGAGGCUUCCUGGGGGACACCAGUCACCAGCAGAGGCAGCUGAGAAGCAGCAGCCACCAUGGAGGCGCUGGGGCUAUGGACACCCGGAGUCGCCACAGCUCAUAUCCCACAGGGAUGGAGGAAGAGGAAGGGAUGGAGGAGGAGCCCAGUCCAUUCCGGGGCCGCUCGCGCUCGGCGCCUCCCAACCUCUGGGCUGCACAGCGCUACGGCCGAGAGCUCCGGAGGAUGAGCGAUGAAUUCGUGGACUCCUUCAAGGGUCUUCCUCGCCCGAAGAGCGCGGGUACAGCGACGAAGCUGUGGCAGAGCUCCAACUGGACACGCGCCAUCCAGUCCUGGUGGGAUCGGAACUUGGGGAGAGGAGGCUCUGCCCCCUCCCAGUGAACUUCCGCCCCUCAUUCCCGGAACCCCACCCACUCCAGUCUCUGUUGACGGCCUUCUUGGGUGUGGGCGGAAGUCUUCCAGGCCUUGCACGAGAGGAUCUGUUCUAUCCCUUUCGUAGGGAAGCGGUCUGAGUUAGAACCCGGAAGUCUUGAAGGUUCCGAGCGCCGCCGCCGGAAGUCUCCCAGUCACUGCGCUUGGUAUCCACAGCGCCUGCGCCGAGAAGCGCGCUAAGAUUAACCAUUCUGCUGCCAGCGUCUUUUCUGCGGUGAUGCUUCACACCUGUGCUCGCCGCAAACGUCUUAAUAAAGACCGGCCUGUGCCGCCCCGUGUCACGUC